CGCUUUGAUGACGUAGCACAAGUCUGUUUGCUCGAGCGCUGGGCAGCGCGCCGCUGUGCCGAAUGGAUCUUGUAUAGUUAUCGGCAAGUUUUGAUACUCGGCGGGCCACCGAAAAUAUUGCCAAAAUGCGACGAGCCCAAGCUUCCUCACAAGGAUAUCCCAAUGGAUCCAGUUACAGAGACACCGUGGAGGAGGAGAAUUCUCAGCUCAUCGACGGCUUGAAAUCGAAGAUAUCGGCCCUGAAGACGGUGUCAAUCGACAUUGGCCAUGAAGUCAAGUACCAAAACAAAAUGCUAAAUGACAUGAACACGGACUUUGACGCUGGCGAGGGCAUUCUGAAAUCGACGAUGGGCCGACUUGUGAAGAUGAGCAGGGCCGGCCACAACCGCUACAUCUUUUACCUCAUGAUUUUCUCCUUGUUUGUGUUCCUCGUCAUAUAUCUACUAAUGAAGAUGAGCUAAAGGACUAGGGGAAAAAGAAAGGAAGGUUUUUGAAAAAGAUGUAUUUGUAAAUAAAUUGCCUUUUUUACUCUUU